AACAAUGGCUGUUUCCGUGAGAUUAAUGGGUCUGAUAGUAGCAUUUUGUGGUGCAGUUUCCUUCAUAUUUGGAGUUGUUGCUGAGAACAAGAAGCCAGCAGCUGGAACUCCAAUAACAGGGAAAGGUGUUGUUAUCUGCAAGUACUCCUCUGAUCCAACUGUCGUUUUGGGGUAUUUGUCUGUAGCAUUUCUCAUUGCUACUACUGUGGCUGGGUAUUUGUCUCUGUUUUACCCUUACAAAGGAAAAUCUGUUCCACAAAGUGCCUUAUUUAGAAGCACCAGUUUUGUUGUAUUCUUCAACAUUGCUAUAUUUACUACUGGAUUAGCUGCAACAAUGCUAUUAUGGCCAACAAUCCAAGAGCAGAUUCACCAAGCACGCAACGUUCAUAGCAAUCUCAACACGGAUUGCCCGACUGCCAAGACUGGUCUCCUUGGUGGUGGCGCUUUUUUAUCCCUGGAUUCAUCGCUCUUCUGGCUGGUUGCCCUCAUGUUAGCCGACAAUGCACGUGAGGAUUACCUUGAUGAAACAGGAAAGGAUGGUGUGGCUGAACAACAAGAUCAGGUAUACAUAGAUGAUUAUGAUACACGUCAACCCGCCAAGGGCAGUGUGUGAGGUGUUGUGCUUUCGCUUUGGGUUUAGGCUUCUUCUCCAUAUCAUGCAUAAUGAACAACGUUAUGUAAUUGGUGUUGGAUUGUAAAUAUUGUCUUAAGAUCAUUCUGCUUUCAUUUGUCUUCUCUAUUAAGCCGUAGACUGGGUUCUACUUUGUUGCAUGAUAACUUCUAUAAAGGUGGAAUCUUAACUGUC